GCUUAGUUUUCAAUGGGAUCGUCUCCUGAUGACUUUAACCCCCAGUUAUUAUCAGCGCCUGUAUCGCUUUGGUCCUGUGGUCCAUAUCUUAGAAGUAUAAAGUCGGCCUGCGCCAAAGGGAAGUCGCCUUUUUUUUGUGAAACUUUUUGUGACAGCGGGUCUCCUCAGCCAAACCAUCAGACACAAUGGACUCUUCAUUCUUUGGAACAUGGGAAGUGGACAAGGACCAGACCACUGGUCUGGAGGAGUUCGGCAAAGUAAUGGGUUUCUCUGAGGAGAAGAUUGCCCUGUACAGAGAGUUGGUCUACUCCUUCACCAUCAGCAAAGAUGGAGACACCUACAAAAUUGAGAUCGACUUCAAAGGCAAAGCCCCCAACGCCGUGUAUGAGCUUCAGUUGGGUCAAGAGGUCGAUUACAAAUCAAUCGAUGGAUACACAGCCAAAUUGACAUUGACAGUCGAAGACGGCAAAUCAGUCGAGUCCUACUACUACGGUGAUAAGGACCUCAAGUGGACAGUCACAAGAUCAGUAGAAGGAAACGUCAUGACUGCAGUCACAAAGUUGGCCGACACAGAACUAACCCAGAAGCUGAACAAAGCUUAAACUGAGAAAUAACAAACAAACAAAAAAAAACUCAGACUUUUAUUAUGUAUAGUGAUGGAAAGUGUCUCUGACUUCAACAGCCUCACUUUGGAUCAAUGACCUCGUGAACUUUGGUCCUAAAUGUUAGUUUGACCUUGACAUCUGUUGUUCCUUUGCAAUGGCAUUGUAACCUAUCUGCAACCUUCACCUUAAUGUCAACUGUUUAGUUAUAACCUUGAGUUGCCAAUUAAACAGAUUCAUUAAAGUUGGUGUAGCAUAAUAA